UUAAAUAAUCUUGUGUACAGUGGCAUUUAGACUGGCAUUAUGACAGACGAGAGAUGCCCUCAGCUGGUGGAUUAUUUCGUGGUGGCGGGACUCGCGGGAGACUCGUCUGCGCUGGAUGAUGACGGUCCGCCGAGGGGUGGGCGGGCACUGCAGCCCAUCAUCGAUCUGGCCGUGAUUGCCCGCGGCCUCGGAGAGGAUGUGCCCGAGGGCUUCACCUGCAUCGAGAAGACUCAAGGAGGACAUCCGGCCGAGCUGAGCGCUGGACUGCUCAACAACACACACAUGCUGCUCUGUUACAAAAGAGGACACGACAAACCGCCCAUCAUAGAGCUCGGUGUUCUGUAUGAGGGCAAAGAUCCGGUCCGGUCGGGAUGGCUGGUGAUCGAGACGACCCCGUACAGCCGCUCGGCCAGUCUGAGUUCUGCCGGUCCCACGACCCAUCGCACGUUCCUGAUGUACCGCAGAGCGCCGGACUCACAGGCGCUGAACACGCUCGGCGUCACUGAGAUCUCACUGCUCAUGCCCAGCAAGGGCGAGACGGCGCCGCAUACUUACUGUAGAGUGGACAAGAACCUCAACCCGGGCAUGUGGGGUCCGGCGCUGUAUCUCUGCUACAAACGUUCAGUGGCUAAAGCAAAUGCUCUAGUGUACGAGGCAGGUCUCAUCAGUCGGUAUCCUGAGGAAGAUUGUGAAUCGUUUCCUCUGCCGGACUCUGUCCCCGUCUUCUGUCUGCCGAUGGGUGUAACUGUGGAGAGCUGGCCGCUCCACACCAAAUACCAGCUGCCCGUCUUCUCCACGUUUGUGCUGACCAGCGCCUUCGGAGAUAAGGUGUACGGUGCCGCGAUCCAGUUCUACGAGGCGUACCCGCGCGAGUGUCUGUCCGAGAGACAGUGUGUGCGUCUGGGGCUGCUCAGCGUGGUGGACCGGCGACCCAUCACCAACCGCAGCGUUCAGGUGAAGAAGAGUGUGUGUGUGCUGUCGCACUGGCCGUUCUUCAGUGUCUUCCAGAAGUUUCUCACCUUCAUCUACAGAUACUCCAUCUCAGGACCUCACGUGCUGCCGCUGGAGAAACAUAUCUCGAGCUUCAUGCACAAUGUCCCGUUCCCGUCCCCUCAGCGUCCUCGUAUCCUGGUGCAGCUUUCUCCGUAUGAUAAUCUCCUCCUCUGUCAGCCGGUUUCGUCUCCACUGCCGCUCAGUGGUGCCAGUUUUGUGAAGCUGCUGCAGAAUUUGGGUCCUGAGAACGCGUGUACGCUGCUGCUGGCCGUCCUGACGGAGCACAAGCUGCUGCUGCAUUCACUGCGGCCCGACGUGCUGACGUCUGUGAGCGAGGCGCUGGUGUCGAUGAUGUUUCCUCUUCGCUGGCACUGCCCGUACAUCCCCCUGUGCCCUCUGCGGAUGGCAGAUGUGCUGUGCGCGCCGAUGCCCUUCAUCGUGGGCGUUCACUCCAGUUACUUUGACCUCUACGACCCCCCGUCGGAUGUGGUGUGUGUGGAUCUGGACACCAACACCAUUUUCCAGUGUGAAGAUAAGAAGCCGCUGAGCUGGAGAUCUUUGCCCAGAAAACAUGUGAAGAUCCUGCAGAACUCUCUUACAAACCUGCACAAGACCCUGGAGAAGAUUUAUACUCCAGGACAGGAAGAGGCCACUCUAGAGUUCCUGUUGACAGAUUAUGAUCUGAUUUACGGCCGUCAGAAGCAGCUGGAGUUGGAGAUUCAGGAAGUGUUCCUGCGGUUCAUGAGCUGUUUGCUGAAGGGAUACCGAUCCUUCCUGCUGCCCAUCACACAAGCGCCGUCAGACAGAACCACAGACUGCAGUUCACUGUUCAACCUGCAGGGUUUUCUGAAGUCUCGUGAUCGUACGCAGCAGAAGUUUUACACGCAGCUCACAAGGACGCAGAUGUUCACGCAGUUUAUCGAGGAAUGUUCGUUUGUGAGCGACAGACACGCGAGUCUCGAGUUCUUUGACGAGUCUGUGCAGAAGGUGGAUGUGGAGAAGCCGGAGCUGGUGAGGUUGAUUGAUCUUGAUGAAUCUCUCAGUGGUGAACAUACAGUGUUUAUAAUGCCGCCAGAGGAACCUCAGGAACCUGAUGGAUCAGAGUGUCCCGCACACUACAGCUAUGACACAUUCCCAAUCCUCCAAUCAGAGUUGUUUGAUCAGCCGCAGGAUCAGCUACGCACGGCAGCUAAAGGAAGCGCUCCGAGUAGCCCCGCCCCCCGCCGAACCAAACAGGAAAUCAAGCUGGCACAGAAAAAGGCUCAGAAGUAUUCGUCGGUACCAGACAUGUGGUCUAAAUGUCUUCUGGGUCACUGUUACGGUCUCUGGUUCAUUUACCUGCCCACGUUAGUGAAAGCAGAGAGCACUAAAGUGUGUGCGCUUCACGCCGCGUACGAGAUCCUCAAACACAUGGAGACACGGAAGGUGGUGCUGCCCGAUGAAGUGUGCUAUCGUAUUCUCAUGCAGCUGUGCGGUCAGUACGGGCAGCCCGUCCUCGCCGUCAGGG